AUGAAAUUAAUACAAGCUAAAUCUUUCGCGCAAGUUGAAGAAUCUCCACUUCGGUCAUUCUUUCGGCACAUUGAUUUAAAUGGCAACGAUGAACUUGAUCUACAUGAAUUACAACAUUUCUUUCAUAACAUCGAACCAGAAGAUCCUAUUCAAUUUCGAGCAAACUACGCAGCACUUGAUAUUCUCACGAAGAAAGGUGUUCCACAACAAGUCCACCUAUCUCUGCUUGCUGAUGGUACUUGGUCCACUGUGGUGGUUGUAUGGAUUAUAAAGGGUGGUAAGGAUGAGCAACAACCGCCUUCGUUCGUGCGUUACGGAAAUGCGAGCGGCAGAUACAGCUUCCAACAGGUGGCGAAGAACAGAACUUACGAUGUCGGAAUCGGAGGAUGGAAGGGAACCAUCUAUGAGGCUUGGAUGACGAGUUUAGACCAAUGUCAGACAUACUAUUACAAGGUUGGAAACUCCAAAGCAUGGUCAAACGAGAUCAGCUUCAAAACAGACUGCCCUGCCGUCACGACGCAUACAUUUGCUGUCAUGGGUGACAUGGGCACUGUCAUUCCGGCUGGUUAUCUUGUGGCUAAGCAAAUCAAAGAGGACCAUCAGGUCACACCAUUCUCGGCUGUCGUGCAUGUGGGCGACAUUAGUUAUGCUGGUACCGGCUCAAAGGAUGAGAUAGCGGAAAUUUGGGACAUAUGGGGAACGCAGGUAGAACCCAUCUCAUCCAUAGUGCCGUACAUGACAAAUGUGGGCAAUCACGAGGCUUAUUAUAAUUUUACAGUCUAUCGCAACCGAUUCCGCAUGCCAGGUCCCGAAAGUGAUGGUCUCGACAACUUUUGGUUCAGCUUCAAUAUUGGACCCAUUCAUUGGGUCUCAAUGAGCUCACAGCAUGACUAUGCCAAAGACAGUCCACAGUAUGCAUGUGGAAUCCGAACUAGAUCAACACUUGCCCAACUCGACUCUGUUUCAAACAGUCUACCCGCUCUUUGUCAAAUAUCAAGUUCAAUUGGUCAUUACAGGCCACAUGCACGUAUACGAGCGAGUAUUCUACGAUAA